ACAUAAAAGGUGUUCAUCUUAAACCUCUCGCCUCUAUCCAAAUCUUCUUCUCAGCUCUGCCAGAGACACACACAGCUUCUGCCUUCUGGUGCUUUCUUCUUUCUCCAUUUCUCAAAGUUUUUAUUUUUUGUGUAAUUCUUAACGUUUCAUAUAUUGGGUCAUGCUUUGUUGUUUCAUCCUUGGAGGUUCCUUCGUAGUAGUAUAUUGAUAUGCCCCUUUUGUUGAGUUUCCCGUUUCAGUUCCACACUUGUCUUCACAAGCUUUGUUAUUGUCCCUUUCUUAGUGCCCCUACUCGUGCCAAUGCUUAUGUGUGCACACGUGAUAACUACCUUGGCAUUGUUUUCUUGUCACAAUCGAAAUACUCAAUUGGGUCAACAGGGUUUCAUGAGUCCACUCCACUGUCCAAGGACACGGUUCCUACUGUUGUUGACUUUGAUCUGUGUGAAGAAGAAGAAGAAGAAUGUAAUGAUGAUGUUGUGUUUGAAGGAAGUGAAACGGUUGAUACCACCCCUUUUGUGUCCAAGAAGGAAUUGCCUCCUUGGGGAGAAGUAGAAGUGGAAGAUGAUGAUGAUGAUGAUGAUAUUGAUGUAAGAGAAGAAUUUGGUACAUCUUUAGUUUCCAAGGAGAAAUUUCCUCUUUGGGGAGAAGUAGAACUGGAAGAUGAUGAUGAUGAUAUUGAAGGAACAGAAGAAUUUCGUACAUCUUUAGUGUCCAAGGAGGAAUUGCAUUCUUGGGGAGAAGUAGAACUGGAAGAUGAUGACGAUGAUAGAAGAGUAGAAGGUGUCAAAGCAUGCUUUGUGUCCAAGAAGGAAUUUCCUCCUUCGGGAGGAGCAGAAGAAAUUAUUGAUGGUGUUGAUGACGAUGGUGAGGACAAUAUUGAAAGAAGAGCAAACGGGGAUUCAUAUUUUGUGACCAAGAAGGAAUUGCCUGCAUUGGGAGAAGUGGAAGAUGAUGAUGAUCAUGACGAUUUUGACAACAGUGUUGAAAGAAGAGCAAAUGGGGAUGUAUAUUUUGGGGCCAAGAAGGAAUUGCCUCCCUGGGGAGGAGCGGAAGAUGAUGGACACCGUGAUUCUAGACCUGUUGAAACUACUUCAUCAGCUCCACAGGGGAUAGGACUACUGAAUGAGCAUGGGGUGCUUUUUCUUGAGGAGUUGGAUGAGAAUGUGCUGUCUAAUAGGAUUUUGGUGCUUAGCAGAACUAACAAGAUUAGAAGUGCAAUGGAGUAUUUUAGGUCUAUGGAAUUAUCGGGUCUUUCUCCAAAUAUCCAUGCUUGUAAUUCUCUUAUUUCUAGCCUUUUGAGAAAUGGGUGGUUUGAUAAUUGCAUCAAAGUGUUCAAUUUUACAAGAGCAAAAGGGAUAACUACAGGGCAUACAUAUAGCUUGAUUCUUAUGGCACAUGCAAAGGCACAUGGUUGUGAUUCUGCCCUUGGAUUAUUCAGAGAACUAGAGAGUGAAUGUGAUGUGGAGAAGGAUUUUGAUGCAAUUGUUUACAACACCAUGAUAUCUAUCUGCAGAGAUGUUGACAAUUGGAGUGAAAUAGAGAGGUUGUGGAGGAGUAUGAAAGCAAAUGGAUGUGCUGGAACUCAUGUCACGUAUCACCUAUUAAUCAAUAGUUUUGUACGAUUUGACCAAAGUGAUCUUGCUCUUUAUGCUUACCGUGAAAUGGUUCAAAAUGGAUAUGAACCAGACAACAAUACAUUGAAUGUUAUCAUUAGUGUAUGUGCUAAGGAGGGAAAAUGGGAUGCUGCAUUAAGUGUCUUUAACAAAAUGUUGAAGGUUGAGCUUAAGCCAAACUUAGUUGCAUGCAAUGCAUUAAUUAACUCACUUGGAAGAGCAGGGGAACUCAAGCAAGUAUUUCAGGUCUACAACACAAUGAAAUCUUUAGACCUUAAACCAGAUGCAUAUACAUUCAAUGCUCUAUUAAGUUCUCUUAACAAGGCUGAUAGGCAUCACAAAGCUCUUGAGCUUUUUGAGAUGAUUGAAAGAGAUCAAACAUCUCAAUUCAAUGUACAUUUAUACAAUACUGUUUUAAUGUCUUGCUCAAAGCUUAGGUUGUGGGAUAGGGCUAUAGAAAUUCUGUGGCAGAUGGAGGCUUCUGGACUGUCUGAUUUGACAAUGUCAUAUAAUCUUGUCAUCAGGACCUGUGAGCUUGCAAGGAAGCCAACAAUUGCACUGCAGGUGUACAAGCACAUGGUUCACCAGAAGUGCAGUCCAGACAUAUUUACUUAUCUAUCCGUGAUUAGAUGCUGUGUUCGUGGAGAUCUCUGGGAAGAGUUAGAAGAAAUCUUAAAUCAGACCAUGCCAAAUGCCACUCUUUAUAACGCAGCUGUUCAAGGGCUGUGCUUACGUAAAAAUGGUGACAUGGCAAAUAAGAUCUACACAAAAAUGCUAGAAAGUGGUUUUCAACCUGAUGUCAAAACGCAAGUACUUAUGCUUCGUAUGAUAAGGAAAAGGAGGUAGCUAGUAGUCUAUUAAUUGCUAUAACUAACAACAGUUUAGAAACGAUGACCAAGAGAAGGAGAAUAUCAUAGUCAACUGAAUCAGGGAACAAAUCCAAUAGUAAAUAUUUUUUUGGGUCUUUGGAGAGAAAAUAGCAGACAAAAAUGUUACUGUAAGUCUGUAAAGCUGUAUAGUUAUCAUCCACACUCUUUUCUUUCUUUCUUUCUUUGGUGCUGAGGGUUGUAAAGAAGCUUCUUGUUUGAUAUGUAUUUAAAUGAUGUAAGUGCUCAAGUCUUGUACUAUUUUUUCCUGUUAUAUUCAAGAGUUCUUGUAAAGUGUUGGACUUAGCAGUUGUCUCUCUUGCUACUAGUUUGCGAGUAUUGUUCCUCAGUGUUGAUUCUGUAUAACUUCUGGUGCUCUUAAACACAAGUUCUGAUAUUAUACUGAAAGUAUUUCAUGAUUA